UCGUUCGAUUAGCUCUUGUCAGGGGCUCACCCGAGUGAGCACCGCGGGGUCGACACACGGAAGCUAAUCGAACGCAUUAUAUAUUACUUCUAUCAACGCAUUUUAUGAAAUACUAAAUAAAUUUUUAUAUAUCAAUAAUUUGUGUUUAUAUAAAAAGUGUGAAUCUGUUUGUUUAUUUUGACCUUUUUAUUUGACCUUGCUGUGUUGUUACCUUGUUGCUCUUUGUCGCCAGAAAUAAACUACAUGUAUGUAUUGAAAUCUUAUAACCUGAUGGGUAGAAGUUCAUUUAAUGACACAUUGUGUUACGAUCAGUAUCUACUGUGUGUUAAUAGUAUGCAAGAUGUAAAAUAAGGACACCUUAUUCAAGACAAUCUGUUUCCUUUAUGGUAUUGAGUAGGCUAAGAUUGUCAGUAUUAAUGGUAAAAGUGUUCAAGACGCUUCACACAGUACGUUGGCUCACAUAGAUCGUGUUUAGGAUCAAGAGAUUUUUAAAAUGUUGCUAAAUAAAUGUUCCAUUAUGUAUUAAUCAGUAAAUGUACAACAAAUGGCAAAAUCAAACAUCGUACGCGGCGCUUCACGAUCUUUGGGCAAAACUACCAUAUGCGCCAAGGGCAACAAUCGCGCCUAAAUCACUGUGACCCGUAGACCGUGCUGACCGACAUCUGAUAAAUCUCAACUCUUUCUUGUCAUCAGUGUCACGUGUAUUCUUGGCGAAUAGUGGUUUUCAAUUUGAUAGUCAAACAGGAAGAAGGAAGGAGUAAGGUGCAGUUGCAGACAGAUAACCAAAAUGACUUGUCUAAAAAAAGACAAAUAUUGUUCCUACUUCACAUUUCGAUCACAACAGUCUUUCCCUACAGCUAUUGAAAAAGGCUCGCAAUGGGUCGCAGCGUCAGGCACCUUUCGCAAUUGAAUCAUGAGCUGUGGAAACAGGGUCAAUGGUCUUACCAUGUUGGUAGUGACCGCUAAAAAAAAUGUGAUUUUUUUUUUCCCAUUUCGGAAAUGCCCUGUAGGUUUUAAAUAAUUACAAGUUCAUGUAUAUCCAAACAUUUGGAUCUCAAAGAUUCAAAUGUCCGUGGUGGCUGCGUAUAACCCCUGCGGCUAGAGAUGCGGUUGGUACCAUACUGUCACCUCAGAAACGUGGAUAUAUUUCACGUUCUUCAUGAAAAUACAGUGGCUAAUUUUACUGUUUACUCAUCAAGUAAACACAGUAUUUAGAGGAAACUUAUGUUUAACUGUGACCUUUAAAUUGUGUUUUUGUUUAUAAUUUGGCAUUAAAACAGCAUUAUUCACCUUGACCAAACUAGACUUGAAAUACUUUGAAAUCUUUCCGUAAGUGUCCCAGCGGAAGAGAUGGGAGACACUGAGUUUUAAUCCGGCAAUCACGAGUUUGCCAUGACGCUUCCGUGUAAUGGUUCUAUUUAUAAGAAGACAAACUGGUUCUUUAAUUAGCCGCACAUUGGGCUGGAUUGAAAAGCUGAAGGCUUGACACGUACAAUAAUUAAAAAAAUGGGAAGAAGAUAACAUAAAACAGAACCACAAAGUUUUGCAUUUUUUGGAAUGAAACGCCCAAAACCACCGGAAAUAUUUGCGUCUAAAUGUUAGUUUUUGUGAAUUAAAAAUUACAAAAUGAAUGAUAGAAAAUGUAAAUGGUUGUUCCUCUUUUUCAUUUGGUAAAAAAGCCCCUUUUACCCAAACUAGUUUUGGACUCGCCGCAUGAUGGAAUUACAUUGCCUAAACACCCUUAAAGUAUAUUGUUUGUUUGUCUCGCCAAGGGAUGUUUUAUUCCUCCUGGUUGUGAUGCAAUAUCUAUUAAUAGUUAUCGUAAACAGUUCUGUGCUGUAUCCUGUUUGCUGUGUCCUGCGUUAUCCUGUUUGAAAACAUUUUUCUCGAAACCAAAACAAACCAUUUGCAAUAGACCACACCUAUAAUCAUUGUGACAAGGAGUAGUAUCGUAGUAUCGGCAACCAAUACUGUCGGAAAUUGUCUGUUUGAUUACAAAAGUAGAGUCCUUUAGUUACAGGAACUUGCUUAGAAACUACCACAAGGAAGUUGAUGGUCACAUUGUUCCUUUGAAAUUAAAACCAACAUCGUGUAAUACAAGUGUGUUAUGUUAAAUCUGAUUGAAAUAGAAUAGACACUCCAGGUUACCAAUCACUUCCACACUUUUCUUAGCAGGAGCACUUGUCUGAUUGUUCGAGCUACUUCUUACUUCACUAAUUUGUCUGACUUUUUUGAGCUUUUCGAUUUUCUUAAGACACGAUGGAUGCAAACAUAGCUGAUUCAAAUCUUGCGGAUUCCAACAAAGAAUCAGAAAGUGCUACAUCCAACCUUCUUGCACAAACCUUCCCAAGUAAUGAUGUGACACCAGUUGUAGACAAUUCCACCAUGCAAGUUACACGUGGUCUGAUUGUGUUGUUUGUUACAGCGCUAGGUAUCUCGGUGGCUGUUGAUAGUACAAUCUCAAAUGAAGAAUUCGACUCAUGGAUGAUUUUCAUGCACGCACCAAGAAUCGUCUACGCUAUCUUCAUUAAUACACUCUUGGUUUAUUUUAUCAUUAAAAAGGAUACUUGGCAUCGUCUUGGUUAUGUUUCUUGGUUUUGCUCCAAUAACAAUGAACAUAUUGAACUUGAUAACUUGGUUGGUGAUGGGAACCAACGCCAAACUGAGACGCAUGACGUUACAGUACCUUCUGACGAAUCAUCGAUGCUGAUUACUCUAUACACGUUUGGCAUUGGGAGCUGUGUGUUUCGUUCACUUGAGAUUGCCAGUGAUGUUCACUGCAUGUUGAUUGGUUUUACUAAGUCAGUCCCUCUUGAAUGGGUUGUGAUUGUUGAUCACUUCACCAACUUGGUAGCUGUUUGCCUUCAGUUGAUGUUUUUCCGAAUGUAUAGCAAGGCUGUGUUUGCUAACCGUGUCUUGUUUCAUUUUGCUAUAAGUGCAAUAGUAGGACUGCAGGCAUGGUGGUGGUUCGGUAAACUCGUCUCUCCUUUAAUCACGAUAUAUGAUGUUGAUGAUGUAGAUGUGAAUUGCAGUAAUACCAAUACUAGAAUGAGUUUCAAGAAAUGUUGCGCAAAUCACAGCCACUUUGUUUACGUAGUUGAUGAGGUUCAGUUCUACCUGAAGGGUUUAUACACGGAGUACGCGAUGGUGUCGAUAGGUGUUCUCGCCAACCUAUGGCCAUCUUCCCAACAAGCACAGACACAGAACAGUACCUUGAGGGAAAGAGAGAAUCUUUCAAACAAUAAUCCAGCUUCUUUAGACCUUGGACGAAGCAAUGGCCACUUUGAAGGAUCGGGAACUUAUCAAGAAUCAAGUUUCAUCUCGGAGACCGCCAAACCGGUUAAAAAGAUUGGCGGAAAUUAUGGUUCAACUGCAGUUCCGCAUUCAAAGGUGACGAGAUAUACACUGUGCGAAAAAUACAGUAAUAUUAUUUGGUAUUUCGUUUAUCUUAUCCCAUGUCUAAGUUUACUGAAGUUGGUUUUCAGCGGCCAUUACAUGGGACAAGUAAUAACAAAAGAAGCCAGUGAGUACUUGCAAUAUUACUCGCUCAUCCCGACCUUUGUGACCCUCCCUGUUGUCAUGGUGAUGACCCGGAAGAGAUUGAAACCUAGAGUUGGGUUUCGUAAGGAUGAUCUCAGUGUUGUUGAUUAUGUUUUGCUCAUUACGGCCUGUCCAAUCUUUCUGAUAUCAUUUUUUCGUAUCUGGGCAUCAUUGGGGUUUAUGUUCACUUCGAAUUCGGAAACCAAUGAAUGGACACUCGCUCUGGCAAUUAUCUUUGCUAUAACAAACAUAGUAGAGGCAUGGAUACAAACAGAGUUCCUCAUUAAUAUCCAACGAUUUGAAGUCGAAGGCAAAUCCAGAUCAUUUGCUCGAAAAGUUUUAAUGUAUAUAAUUAUUGCUAAUGUUCUUCUGUGGUUAGUUGACAGUUUAAUAAAUGAAUGGAAUUCGGUUAUCUUUGUGCCUAUUAUUGACGGAUGGUAUGGUAACCAUUCACUGUUAAUUAUGGCGGUUGUUUUUCCCGCCAAUACUUUGUAUAGGUUCCAAUCCGCUGAGGUUGCAUUCCAUGCAUGGACACGCCUUGGAAAAGUUCACAAAUCACAAUGAAUGCCUAAUUGUUUUGAU